UUUUAGUAGAGCAAAGAGUCAGUUGUAGAUACUCAAUACUCUUUGACGUGAUAAGCACCGGCAUAACAAGCAAAAGCAUUUUGUUGUAUUGAAAUACUUAAAAGUAUCCGACUUUAUUUUUUCUGUUUAUAAUCUUGAUUCGAAAUUUAUUAUUUGUCACAGUUGGAGAGUGGUGAAUAGGUGGAAAAUACAAUUCUAAUCAGUAGUAAAACGAAUUUGAAAUGGCUACUGUUUCGUAUCAAAUAUCAAAUCUGCUGGAAAAGAUGACAUCCAGCGAUAAAGAUUUUAGGUUUAUGGCGACUAAUGAUUUGAUGACAGAAUUGCAAAAAGACAGCAUAAAAUUAGAUGACGAUUCUGAAAGAAAAGUGGUUAAAAUGCUGUUAAAGUUACUUGAGGAUAAGAAUGGUGAAGUUCAAAAUCUCGCUGUUAAAUGUUUGGGUCCUUUGGUGAAUAAAGUAAAAGAGUACCAAGUCGAAACAAUCGUGGAUGCUCUCUGCACUAAUAUGGUUUCGGAUAAGGAACAAUUGAGGGAUAUUUCAAGCAUUGGAUUAAAAACUGUUAUUUCGGAAUUGCCGCUUGGAUCAAGUGCUCUUGCUGCAAACGUUUGUAAAAGAAUCACCGGCCGAUUAAGCACCGCCAUAGAAAAGCAAGAAGAUGUACCAGUGCAACUUGAAGCUCUUGACAUAGUAGCUGAUUUACUUUCCCGAUUUGGCUCUCUCAUGGUGACAUUUCACUCGGUCAUUUUGGAUGCUUUACUGCCACAACUUUCAUCGCCACGACAAGCAGUUAGAAAGCGUACGAUUGUCGCCCUUAGUCAUCUCCUGACUUCCAGCAACAGUCAGUUGUACAACAAAAUUCUCGAUCACCUGAUAAAAGUACUUUCGAGCAAUAAGGCCAGAAAUGUUAUUCGUACCUACAUUCAAUGCAUCGCUUCCAUUUGCCGUCAAGCCGGUCAUCGAUUUGGAGAACACAUAGAGAGGAUUAUGCCUUUAAUUGUGCAGUUUAGCACUGAAGAUGAUGAUGAACUCAGAGAAUAUUGUCUGCAAGCAUUUGAAGCUUUUGUCUACAGAUGUCCGAAAGAAAUUACACCUCACAUUAAUAAGAUUAUAAGCAUCUGCCUGAUGUACAUUACGUACGAUCCAAAUUACAAUUACGAUGACGAUGAAAAUGACGCAGCAGAUGGAGAUGGAAUUGUGAUGGAAACAGAAGAAGACGGAGAGGAAGAUGUCGAGGAUGAGUACUCAGACGACGAUGAUAUGAGUUGGAAAGUACGAAGAGCUUCAGCCAAGUGUUUGGAAGCCGUUGUGUCGAGUAGAAGAGAACUUUUGCCUGAAUUUUAUAAAGUCAUUUCUCCUGCACUGAUCGCUCGAUUCAAAGAAAGAGAAGAAAAUGUGAAGUCGGACAUUUUUCACGCAUACAUUACAAUGUUGAGGCAAACGAAACCAGCAACUGGAGUUUCUCUCGAUCCGGAUUCAAUGGAAGAUGAAGAGGGACCAAUUUCAUUGCUUCAACUGCAAGUGCCCCUAAUCGUUAAGGCAGUGUACAGACAAAUGAAGGAGAAGAGCAUCAAAACAAGACAAGAUUGUUUGCUGCUGCUCAAGGAAUUAGUGUUGGUCUUGCCUGGAGCGUUGACAAAUCAUAUACCAGCUCUAAUUCCUGGAAUUCAGUAUUGCCUUGGAGAGAAGAAUUCCUCGUCCAACAUGAAGAUUGACACACUUGCUUUCAUUCAUAUUCUUUUAAUCACUCAUAAACCUGAAGAUUUCCAUGAGCAAAUGUCUGUUUUGGCUCCACCAAUAAUCGUCGCCGUUGGUGAUCCGUUCUACAAAAUUACCGCUGAAGCGCUUUUAGUGUUGCAAGAGUUGGUCCAAGUUAUUAGACCUCAUGAUAAAGUCUACAAUCACGAUUUCACGUCUCUCUCAACUGAUAUCUAUCGCUGCACACUUUUGAGAUUGAGAACGGCCGACAUUGAUCAGGAAGUAAAAGAACGGGCGAUUGCUUGCAUGGGUCAGAUUUUGGCUCAUUUUGGAGACACUCUUCAUGACGAGCUUGUUGUAUGCCUUCCGAUUUUCCUUGACAGGCUCAGAAAUGAAAUUACCCGCCUUACGACUGUUAAAUCUCUCACUUACAUUGCAGCCUCACCAUUAAGAGUUGAUCUCAAGUCUAUCAUGGCAGACGCGAUUCCUGUUUUAGGAUCAUUUUUGAGAAAAAACCAAAGAGCUUUAAAAUUGUGUUCUUUAACACUUUUAGAUACUUUAGUACAGAAUUACAGUUCUGCUCUAAAUUCUGAUCUACUUGAUAAGGUUACAGUCGAGCUUCCAGCAUUAUUAAACGAAUCUGAUUUACAUAUUGCCCAACUGACUCUUACACUUCUUACGACUAUUGCAAAAUUGCAUCCUGUUGCACUAACAAGGGUUUCUGAGAAUAUUUUACCUGAAAUACUCGUUUUGGUCAAAUCCCCUCUUCUUCAAGGUGCUGCACUGAACUCAAUGUUGGAGUUCUUUCAAGCUUUGGUUCAGGCAGGAGUUCCUGGUCUCAGCUAUCGUGAACUGUUAUCAAUGCUUGUGGCCCCAGUGAACAUUCCACAACUUCACAAACAGGCUUAUCACUCCUUGGCGAAAUGCGCUGCCGCCCUGACGAUUAUGUGGCCCCAAGAAGCAAUAGGUGUGGUUGGCCAAUUUUUAAAGGACGUUCAGAAUCCACAGAGCGAUGCCAGGCAUAUAUUUGCUUUAUUAGUCAUUGGAGAAAUUGGUAGACACGUAGACUUAAGCAAUAUCAGUUCAUUGAAAGUAAUUAUUUUAAAUUCAUUCUCAACACAAUCCGAAGAAGUGAAGCAAGCAGCAAGUUAUACACUCGGAAAUAUCGCUGUUGGCAAUCUUCCCGAAUAUUUGCCUUUUAUCCUUAAAAAAAUUGAAGCUCAACCAAAAAAACAAUAUUUGCUGCUUCAUUCAUUGAAAGAGAUAAUUACGUGCCAAUCAGCAAGUCCAUUGGGAGUCUCGCAUUUACAAAACUUUGUGCCUUCAAUUUGGUUAUUAUUGUAUAGGCACUGUGAAUGUACAGAGGAAGGUACAAGAAAUGUGGUUGCAGAAUGCCUUGGUAAAUUAACUUUAAUCGAUCCAGCAUCAUUGCUUCCAAAGUUGCAAGAAUCUCUCAAUUCUACAUCCGCGUUAAUGCGCACGACAGUCGUUACUGCCAUUAAAUUCACCAUUUCUGACCAG